AUGGAAAUCCUCCUCUCGGAUUCCAGUAGUUACAAAAUUUUGUCUCGUAACCCGUGCCCGAAGAUUUUGAAGGCAGUUAGAUCUGCUAUUUCCAACUCCUCAUUGGAUGAUUCUACCAAGCUUCGUCUUCUUCCGUCUAAGGAAGUGACCCCUCGUAUAUAUGGGGUCCCAAAAAUUCAUAAAGCCAACAUUCCUUUGAGACCCAUUGUCGAUACCAUUGGGUCUCCAACUUACAAGUUAGCUGCUUUUCUUGCCAAAUUAAUCUCCCCGCUUGUUGGUAACUCCAACUCCUUCAUCAAAGAUUCCAACCAAUUUGUUCAGUUUAUCAAGGACACCAAGUUGGACCCUCAAGACACGCUUGUGAGCUUCGAUGUGGUGUCCCUCUUCACCAAGGUCCCUAUUCUAGACUCCAUAGAAAUUGUCAAGCUUAAGGUCAAUGAGGACAUCGCCUCUUUGGUGGAACUUUGCUUAAGGUCAACCUUCUUCGCCUUCCAAGGCGUUAUCUAUGAACAGGUUGACGGAGUAGCCAUGGGCUCCCCUCUCUCGCCGGUCAUUGCCAACAUAUUCAUGGAACAUUUUGAAGAGGUGGCCUUACAUUCUUUCCCCCUCAAACCAAAAUGGUGGAAGCGAUAUAUGGAUGACACCAAUGUAUGUUGGCCCCACGGCUUGGACAUGUUAGAGGAAUUUCAUACUCACCUCAACAACAUUUUUUCGUCUAUUACCUUCACCAAAGAACUUGAAUCCAACAACCGUUUAUCUUUUCUCGAUGUCUUAAUCUGUAAAAAGCCUGACGGAUCCCUUGGUCGUCAGGUGUAUCGCAAAACUACCCACACUGACUUAUAUCUUCAUUCGUCUUCUCAUCACCACCAUAGCCAGAAAGUUGGGAUCCUCAAAACAUUGGCUUUAAGAGCCCAUCGGAUUUGUGAUAAGGAUAACUUAGACCAAGAGCUCUCCCAUCUUCGUCAAGUCUUCCUUUGGAAUGGCUACUCGAACAAGCAGAUCACUAGGGCCUUCCUCCAAGCCAAAUCUCAUUUCCUUUCCAUCUCGAAUCCCGUGCCCUCUCCAUCUCAGGCCCCGUUUGUCUCUCUCCCUUAUGUUGAAGAGUCAGGUGUAUACAAGAUUGUAUGCUCCUGUGGAACUCCUUACAUUGGAGAAACAGGUCGUUCGUUCAUGACUCGAAUAAAAGAGCACAGUGCCGACAUUAAGCAUGAACGUGCCCUCAAAUCAGCCUUAGCCGAGCAUUCAACCACGACCAAACAUCAUAUCUGUUUGGAGGACACUCAGGUAUUGUGUAGGGAGAACAACUUUUUCAAGAGGAAAGUUAAAGAGGCCAUUGCUAUCAUUCGGCACCCAUCCAAUCUUAAUCGAGAUGAUGGGUUAAACCUUAGCAUCUCGUGGCACCCUCUUCUUCUGGCCCUCCAGCGUCAUCCCCGCCCCCCUCCUUGA